AGCUAGGAGGAAGUCAUCCAGUGGAGGCACAAGAAAGCAGAAAAGAUAAACAGAUGAGAGUUCACAACAUUUGAGUCGGAAGAAGUAUGCAGAUAUUGUGAGCUGCUUUAGAGAUGUGAUUCAGGGACCCUGUCCUGCUGGAUGGAAGCAGUUGCAAAUGGUUAAUGUCAGCAAGACUGUAAUAGGAUCAAGAUGGAGUCUGUCUUCUGCUUUUCCAGCACUGAUGUGUCUAACUGGAGGAUUCUGACUAGAGGUAAUGCUGCCUAUGCCAUGACACAAACUGCUUUAGUUCCGUGAAGGAUUCCUGGGAUCGGCGAGCUCUUGAAGAAAACGUUCCAUUUGCUGGAUUCCUGGGAUUUUACUUACAGAUCUUCUCAGGUGCAGAAAUGACAAAACUUACUCUCAUCUUCAAUCAGUGGUUGUGAAGUAAACUUUCAUCAAGUUUCAUCUCCUUUAGUCUCAUAUGGAAUGUAUCUCUCUAUCUGUAGUUAAACUAUGAUGACAUGUCUGUAGCUAUCAGAAAGAGAAGCUGGGAAGAACAUGUGACCCAAUGGAUGGGACAGCCUUUUAAUUCUGAUGAUUAUAACAUAGCAUGUCAUCAUGGACUAGUGGCUGACAGCUUGAAGGCAAGUAUGGAAAAAGAUGCAACUCCAAAUGUGGACCGCAAAGAGAGGUGUGUUUCCCUACCAGACUGCUGUCAUGGCUCAGAGCUGAGAGAUAUUCCUGGGAGGCCAAUGGGUCACAUUUCAAAGGAGGUGGGUGAACAUGACAGCCAUGAAGUUGAAGAUCAAUUUCUUUCCCUGGAGGCCAGCACAGAAACACUUGUGCAUGUUUCUGAUGAGGAUACCAACUCUGAUCUAUACCUUACAGAUGACAAACAGAUACUAACCACUCAAGGGCCUAAAACAUCAGACCAACAGAGCAUCAAAGGAACAGGCUCCUUAGUAAAGACACUUCCCAUCAUGGAGAGUAAUCAAGAUUCUUAUGACUCUUGGGAAAUGGCUGGUAGAGCUGAUUUAGUGUUGGAAGAAGAAAAGGGGGAGAGGAAAGUUGGUGACAUGGUGAGUAAAAGCCUGGAGCUUUGUAAUGAUAUAAGCUUAAGUGAAAUAAAAGAUGCAUCCAAAAUAAAUGAAUGCAAUUCUUUGAAUGUGAAAGAUAUUGUGCCAGAAAAGCAAUUGCUUAGUUCUGCUGUAAUUGCUCAGCAUCGAAGGAAAUCUGACUUCCCUAAAGAUGAACAUGAAAGAAACACCUGCAAUACAGUACAAGAUGAAUUCUUGGCUAUUCCUUCUACGGACACAGGACUACCAUUAUUAAAAACAGAUUCUGGAAGCUGCCUUCUGCAGCCUCCUUCUUGUGCUGGUGGAAUGUCAGCUGAAAAUGGCCUGGAGAAGAGUGGUUUCUCAGAAAAUCAAAACAAAAGUCUUCCAAAGGUCAGCUCAGGAGAUGGCAUGCAGUGUUUACACUUAAAGGAGACUCUGGCCACCCAGGAACCUGCAGAGAAUCAAGUCAGACUUCGUAAAAAGAAGGAAAUAAGAGAAGACCGAGAUAGGGCGAGGCUAGACUCAAUGGUGUUGCUAAUCAUGAAACUGGACCAGCUUGAUCAGGACAUUGAGAACGCUCUCAGCACCAGCUCUUCACCAUCCAGCACACCAACCAACCUGCGGCGGCAAGUUCCUGAUCUGGAAUCAGGAUCUGAGAGUGGAGCAGAUACCACUUCUAUAAAUCAGACACAAAUAAAUUUGCCUUCUAACACCGAGUCUACUGACCUACCAUUUUCCACCCCAGUAACCAGUUCUGGAACCAAGCCCAAGUCUACGGCUAUUCCAGGUAUUUCAGAGAAGGAAAAGGCUGGUAAGUUGACAUUGGUUGUGUUUUCACUUCUGUCUAUUUUAGAAUAAAAUUCCAUCUUCAUACAGACAUUUCAUUAAAUAUCUAAAAUGUAUACAUCUCGCUGAGUCUCUGGGAAAAUGUUAUUUUUGAAUUCCUAAAAAAAAAAAAAAAGUUUUUCUCAAAAUGUAAGAAAAACGGCUUUCUAAUGUAACAUUACAUCCUGUUAGAAUAAAAUGUGUACUUCUUGUAGCCUUAAUUGUAACUGCAGCUACAACUUUUUUUCCUUGAGGAAAAGAAUUAAAAGAAUUCAGUUUACUGAGAAGUGGUCUUUGGAGAUCUGUUGUUAAUAUUGUUGACCCUCCAUAUCCAGGGAAUCUGAAUCCACAGACUAAAACAGAGGUCAAAAAUAUUUGAAAAAUAAACCCCAAAAUUCCAGAAAGCUCCAAAAAACAAACCAUGAAUUAGUCACAAAGGUGACCAAUUACAUAUCUUUUACCUUGUACUAGAUAUUAUAAGUAAUCUAGAGAUGGCUUUAAAGUAUAAGGAGAAUGUGUAUAGGAUGAAUGGAGGUACUGUGCCAUUUUGUAUAAAGGACUCGAGCAUCCAUGGAUUUUGGUACCCACCAGGGAGUCCCAGAGCCAAUUCCCUCCAGAUACUGAGGGAUGAAUGUAAUUAUCAAGAUUUUUUUUUAA